AUGGCGGCACGAAAACUUCAACAAGAAGUCGACAAGUGCUUCAAAAAAGUCACCGAAGGAGUGGCAGAAUUCGAAUCAAUCUAUGAAAAGAUAGAACAGUGCACAAAUGCUGCGCAGAAGGAGAAGCUGGAGGACAACCUCAAACGAGAGAUCAAAAAGCUGCAAAGGCUCCGUGAUCAGAUCAAGACAUGGGCGGCAAGUAAUGACAUAAAGGAUAAGGGUCCUCUGUUAGAUCAUCGGAAAUUGAUUGAAACGCAAAUGGAGAAGUUCAAAGCAGUAGAGAAAGCCAUGAAGACAAAGGCAUAUUCGAAAGAAGGGUUGUCGGCGGCUGCCAAACUAGAUCCUAAAGAGCGCGCGAAAAUGGAAACGGGAGAAUUCUUGGGAAAUAUGGUAGAGGAGCUUGAGCGCCAGAUCGAGACAAUGGAAGCCGAACGCGAAUCGAUAUCAGCGACAAUGAAGAAGGGGAAAACCCAAAGUGCCAAGGCUGAUAGGAUAGCAGAGCUAGAUAAUCUGACUGAACGGCAUAAAUUCCAUCAAAAUAAGCUGGAACUCAUUAAACGCUGUCUGGAGAAUGGUAAUGUCGAGGUUGAUCAGGUUAAAGAUCUUGAGGAAUCCAUCAAGUAUUAUGUGACCGACAACAUGAACGAUGACUUCAUGGAGGACGAGGAGAUGUACGAUGAGCUUAACCUUGAUGAGGAAGAAGAUAACUACGGCAUGAAUAAUGAUAAUGAUCGGGUGUCAUCACAAGACACGCAAUCGAUACAAGAGGACAUUCCAGAUACGGAUCAACGGUCGAAUAGUUUACCCGGGAAAUCGAAGACGGGUCCCGAACCACCUUUGGCUGCUGCACGGAGACCUUCUACACAACUGAAAAGCCCUCUUCCUUCAUUGGCCACUUUACAUACUCCAUUAUCGACGCUAUCAACAAAUGGAAGUUCAAGUAACCUUAUGAAACCAGCUGCGGUACCUACACGUGCCCCUGGGGAGACUCUGAAAUAUGCCUCAGCAGCGGCCGCAGCUGCCGCUAGUGAUAAGAACGGUAUUGCGCCUUUGCCACCUCCACCUGAAGCCCUUCCGCCCCCCUCGACGUCAGCCAGCCACCCACCAUUAUCUGGAAAUGCCGGACGAAGACCAAGUGUAACGGCAUCUCCCACGACUAUACAUUCUCAAACAGCCAGUGUCAACCAGACACCCGUGACAAGAUCCAGUGUUCCAACUACGGAUACACCAUCAAGUGCCCAAACGAAAUCUCCAGCUUUGAGCCAAUCAAGUGCGGCGCCUAGUGGAGCAAGUGUCUCCCAUUCAGUUGAAAAAACAGAGAAUUCUAAACCAAAUGUGUCCUCGACUCCGUCAGGAAAGGCGCCAGCCCUAUCUAAGACAGCGGAAGGCAAGAGAGGUUCGUCAAAUGCUAUCCCAUAUAAGUCCAGUGCUAACAGUUCUAUGCAAGCUGUUCCACCGCAAUCAAAUGGGGUGUCGAAUGGGCUUAAGCCGAGUACACCAGAGAACACGGAAUCAGUAUAUCAUCUGCCGUCAGGGUUCCAGGACAUGCUUCAAUCUUUCGAGGUAAUUCAAAAGAGUGCUCCAGACGCUUUAUCCACUGCAUCACAGAGAAUGCUGGCAUCAUCUCAAGCUAGUGGGCCAGGCAUGCAAGACAUAUCAUCUCCUCGAAGCUAUAAACCAGAGACCCCUUUUAACACACCAUCAUAUUACCCUCAAGAUGUCCCUUCGGUGCUUGAUGACCCACGGUUGUAUAAUCGUAUAGAUGGGGAAACAUUAUUCUAUGUCUUCUACUACAAGCAAGCCACAUAUCAACAGUAUCUUGCAGCUAAAUCCUUAAAGGAACAAAGCUGGCGAUUCCAUAAGCAAUAUCAGACUUGGUUUCAAAGGCAUGAAGAGCCAAAGGAGAUUACUGAGCUGUAUGAGCAAGGGACCUACCGUUUCUUUGACUACGAAAGCACAUGGAUGAACCGAAGAAAAGCAGACUUUAAGUUUACCUAUAAAUUCCUAGAGGACGAUGUAUGA